CCAAAUUUCUCAAACUUACUAGAAAAAGACACAACAAAACACGUGGCAGAAACAUCACGCAACUUCGGUAGACUCAUCAUUUGUAAAUCAAAACCUUUUUCUAGUAAUAUCCAGAACCAACUCUAACACUUAUAUAUAUAUAUAAUAUAAAACAAACCCUUUCUCAUCAAUCUUAAAACACAAUACAUUUAAAACACUCUAAAACGACAUCAAAACCCUCCAAACGACAUCAUGAAGCCUAUAAACGACGACAAGGUGACGAUUAAAGCGGUGAGCCGCGAUGAGGAAGGGCGCAAGAGAGUGGAGAAGGCUGAGAUCAAAACUCACGACCCAGACACCCUCAAGUACGUGGAGAAGAAGCUAACUGACAAAGGGGUUCAGAGGUUGGAACGCCACCCCGCCAACGGCAUCGGAAUCGGUCGGGGGCCACCCAAGUCCGGCCACGGAGGCAAGUACACGUGGGAAGGACCCGACGAGAUUGCGGAGAGCGAGCUUUCUCCUAUCCCGGCGGCUAUCGACGAAAGGGACCCGAAUUAUGUGGACGAGGUGGCGGAGGAGAGGAUUGUGAGGGGUGAGGUUGAUGAGGUUGCUGGGAUUGUGAUCGGAGAAGUUGAGGUGCCUAAAGUGGUUGAGGAUAGAGAAGGUGUUGCUAGAGUUGAGGUUGAUCCUCAUAUUAAACUUAAUUAAUAAUUAAUUAGUACUUUAUGAAAGUGAAUUCACGUCUUUGUUUUCAUUGUUAUCGAUCUUUUGUGUGUGUGUUUUUUUGAACAUGAGAAAAUGGAAUGUAAGCAUGUGACUUUCUAAUAAUAAUUCAAGGCAAGUUUGUGUACAGAA